AAGAAGGAUGUGGGAUGUGGGCAACCAAUCGAUAAUCAUCUGCGGCUCAUAUUACCACUCUGUUAUUGCAGAAGACGAACGACUGGAAGCAGUCUAACGGGCCAUACGCUUGCCAACGUGUCUCUCCUGAUUGAUGACCCGUCUACACAGAACUUGCCAGUAAAACUAAAUACAAUUCCGGAAACAUUUUAGAAACAUUUUAGAAACUGGUGAAUUGCGACGUAGAAAAGUUUGCAAGAGCUGAAAGAAACACUCGAAGAGAGAAUUUCAGAGCAGCUAAAUUUAUAGCAGACUAGACUAUCUCAUAAGACUACUUUUGUGUUCUUUGUCCCAAUACGUGGAGAAUGGAUCGUUCUACAGUGAACAAACUUCAACACCAAUACUGGGUGACGAAGCAGACCGUGUAUCGAAAGUUGGGCAAGAAAGAGGACGAGUGCAUAAUUGCCUCCGACUCUGAACUAGAUGCCAAACUGGAAUUAUUCAAAUCUAUUCAUCUUUCGUCAAGUGCCAUGAACAAACUGUUGGACCGUUACCAGGAAAAGAUUUGUGCUCUAGCUCAAGAGCAGAAUGAGAUGGGCAGAUUUCUCAAGGAGUAUGGAAAGGCAGACAAGAGCCCUGGACCAUCAGGAAAAAUGAUGAUUCAAAUGGGCAAAAGCCUACAGCUCAGCAGCCAACAAGAGAUUGCUUUGAGACCCCCAUUGUUGAGAUUAUACCAGGAGGUUGAGACGUUUAGAAAUCGUGCAGUGGACGAUACUCAUGGUACGAUCCAACAAAUGGAAAAACACCGAACAGAGUACCGGGCGUCGUUAAAUUGGAUGAAGAAAGUGAGCCAAGAACUGGACCCAGAUACAAACAAGCAGAUGGAGAAAUUCAGAAAGGUACAAAAUCACGUAAAGAGUAGCAAAUCUCAUUUUGACAAACUGAAGCUCGCCUGUUUGCAAAAAGUGGACCUUUUAGCUGCUGCAAGAUGCAACAUGUUUUCACACGCACUCAUCCAAUACUUGCAAGCCAUGUCGAAAACAACGUCAAAGAACGCAAAAAUUUUCAACACUCUUGCCAUCACAUUCAAAGGGCACCAGUACUUUGAGUUUUCAAUUAUUAAAGAACUUGCCGAACCCUCGAAACGGUUAGCAGAAGAGUGUGGUAACAAACCAGCCACUGAAGAACUGCUUUUUGACUUUAAUGACGACUUAAAAAACGAACAAGAUUCUUCCACAAAUGAAUCGAGACAAGAAGACCCAUCCUCCGCUGGAAGUACUUCGCUGUUCCAGUCACGGAAUGAAGGAACAAGGCACGGAGAAAAUGAGAGCCAAGAUCUUUUGAGCUUAGCCAACGCCACAGAAUUCUUGGAGACCUUGUUGGGUCCACUGGACCAAAGUCCUGAGAGAGCACAAGACGUCCUAGAUCUCGGCAUGGAUUUACCAGACAAGGACAAUAAAGAUAAUAUUUCAUCAAACUCCCUGAUCAACAUUGGGUCAUUCAUUCCAAAAAAAGAUCAGAAAAAAGAGUCUCAAAAGGAAAGUAAACCAAGUGACGUCAUGAGCUUACUUUCAUCGGAUGACUUUGAUGGUCUUUGCUUUGACCAAGAAAGUGGGGAUACGAUGGCUCUACUCAACGAAAUUCUCAACGCCGGCAAACCGUCUGCACAACCAACAUUGCUUCCUACACUUGAAACUGGAGGAUCGGGUGACUCGUUAGUACCACCACUUUCCCCGUUUGGGAGUUCUGCACAAUCGUCAAAUUCGUUUAUGCCUUCAUACUUGUUGGACUUGGGCAGUUUAACCACUGGACCAUCAUCAGCAGGGCAAGAUUUACUUAAUCUGAGUUCGCAAAGUAGUGAUUGUCUACUACAACCAAUACAGAAAGUUACAGAAGCGACAUCCUCCUCCACGACAAAUUCAAACAAAACAUGGUAUGAUAUUUUCGCUGAUCUAGACCCAUUAGGAAAUCCAGAUGCAAUAGGAGACAAAGAAAAAGAAAACAAAGAGAUGGAAAACAGAUAUUGCUGAAUGAAUCAGAGAAUAUUGUGUCAUAUCAACGUACAUGUGUGUGAAUUUAAUAUAUAUAUAUAUAUAUAUAUAUAAGUACUAAAAACAUACAAUAAAUUUGAUUUAACUCGCA